AUGCCUAAAGCCAAACCAACAAAGAAAGCUACCAGUGAGCGUGUCCAUCCAAAUUGUUUUUAUAAAGAAUACUUUGUAGGGGAAGGGGAAGCCCAACCUCCACGUUAUUUCACGCUUUUUUUAACUGCUUGUGGAAAGAGAAAACUCUCGCCAUAUAACGCCUUCAUGAAGUCUGAACUUCCUAAAGUUAAGGCUGAAAAUCCUGACCUUGAACAUAAAGCCGCUUUCAAGUUGGUUGCUGAACGGUGGAAAAACAGCCCUGAUAAUCCAAAGAACCAGGCUAGCUAA